CCCGCAGACCCGGAGAGCGGCCGAGACUCGGGACAAUGGGGCCGCGGCGGCUGCUGCUGGUCGCCGCCGGCCUCAGCCUGUGCUGGCCUCUGCUGAGCGCCCGCGCCCCCCACCGCGACCCAGGAUUCGACGCAACCAACCACACCGUGGGUCCCCGGACCUUCUUUCUCAGGGAACCCGACCACGGGUUUGAGCCGUUCCCCAUCGAUGAGGACCAGGAGCAGAACGCGAGCGCGCUGGCUGAAGCCAGGCUGCACCCCGCCAACCACAGCCGCCCGCCGCCGCCGCCGCCGCCGGCCGUGUUCAUCUCCCCGGAGGCCGCCGGGUACCUGAGCGGCCCCUGGCUGAGGCUGUUCAUCCCCGCGGUCUACACGGGCGUCCUCGUGGUCAGCCUGCCCCUGAACAUCAUGGCCAUAGCCGUGUUCCUCCUGCGGAUGAAGGUCAAGAAGCCGGCCGUGGUGUACAUGCUGCACCUGGCCACGGCCGACGUGCUGUUCGCGGCCGUGCUGCCCUUCAAGGUCAGCUACUACUACUCCGGCAGCGACUGGCGGUUCGGCUCGGGGACGUGCCGCCUCGUCACCGCGGCCUUCUACUGCAACAUGUACGCCUCCGUCCUGCUCAUGACGGCCAUCAGCGUGGACCGCUUCCUGGCCGUGCUCUACCCCAUGCGGUCCCUGGCCUGGCGAACGCUGGGCAGGGCCUCCUUCGCCUGCCUGGCCAUCUGGGCCACGGCCCUGGCCGGCGUGGUGCCGCUGCUCCUGCAGGAGCAGGCGGUCUGGGUCCCCGGGCUCAACGUCACCACGUGCCACGACGUGCUCAGCCAGGGGCUGCUCGAGGGCUUCUACGCCCACUACUUCUCCACCUUCUCGGCCGUCUUCUUCUUCGUGCCGCUGCUCGUGUCCGCCGCCUGCUACGUGUCCAUCAUCCGCUGCCUCGGCUCCUCCGCCGUGGCCAACCGCGGCAGGAAGUCCCGGGCACUGCUGCUGUCCGCCGCCGUCUUCUGCAUCUUCCUGCUCUGCUUCGGACCCACCAACGUGCUCCUGGUGGCGCACUACGCCUCCCUGUCCCGCGAGCCCGCCUCCGAGGCCGCCUACUUCGCCUACCUGCUGUGCGUGUGCGUGAGCAGCGUGAGCUGCUGCCUGGACCCGCUGGUCUACUACUACGCGUCGUCCGAGUGCCAGCGGCAGCUGCGCGCCCUGCUGUGCUGCAGAGAGCACGCCGACGGUGCCAGCUACAACAGCAGCGGGCAGCUGGUGCCCAGCAGAGGGGACACCUGCUCCAGCCAUCUGGCCCACAGCGUCUACAAGAAGCUGCUCACCUAGCCCGGGCUGCUGGUCGCUGACGGGGAGGACGCGCGGGGCGUGGGCGAGCUGCGGACUCGCUAGUCACCUCCAGGACACACGCGUCAGCACGAGCGAGCUCCCCCAGCCGGGCGGCCCCAGGGGCUGUGUGUGGCCAGCAUCACUUUCCCAACACGCCAGUGCACUUGCUCUGUGUGUGUGUGCACGCUCGUUCUGAUUGCCGUGUGUGUGUGUGCACACACUCGUUCUGCUUACCCUGUGUGUGUGUGUGGUGCGUGUGCACACGCUCGUUCUUGCCCUGUGUGUCCGUGCGUGCACACACUCGUUCUGCUUACCCUGUGUGUGUGUGGUGCGUGUGCACACGCUCGUUCUUGCCCUGUGUGUCCGUGCGUGCACACACUCGUUCUGCUUACCCUGUGUGUGUGUGGUGUGCGUGUGCACACGCUCGUUCUUGCCCUGUGUGUCCGUGCGUGCACACACUCAUUCUGCUUACCCUGUGUGUGUGUGGUGCGUGUGCACACGCUCGUUCUUGCCCUGUGUGUCC